AUGCUGCCCACCGUCUCUCGUGUCGGCCUCCCCCUCACCCGCUCUCGUCUCCUCGCUCGUGGACGGCGCGCUCUUGCUGGCUCAGCAUCCCCCUUCGUCCGCCCCGCUCCGGUAUCCCGGGUCGUCCUCCCUUCGCUAUCCGGAUCUCCCCCUUCCUCCUCCCGCACCAUGUCCCACCACGCCGGCGAGUCAACCCUCCGUCCAGAGCCAGACAAGGUUCUCCAGGACAUCGCAGACUACGUCCACAACUACAAGGUCGACUCCGAUCUCGCAUUCGAGACAGCCAGGCUCUGCCUCAUCGAUACCAUUGGGUGUGGUCUCGAGGCCCUCAGGUUCCCCGAGUGCACAAAGCUCCUCGGGCCCAUCGUUGAGGGCACCAUCGUGCCAAAUGGAACUCGUGUACCGGGCACCAACUACCAGCUCGAUCCCAUCCGCGGCGCGUUCAACAUCGGAGCUGCCAUCCGAUGGCUCGACUUCAACGACUGCUUUCUCGCUGCUGAGUGGGGCCACCCUUCUGACAACCUGGGUGCCAUCCUCGCCGUCGCCGACCAUCUCGCACGUCAAGGCCAGCCUCUGACCGUCCGCGACAUCCUCGAGGCCAUGAUCAAGGCCCACGAGAUCCAAGGCGGCCUCGCCCUCCUCAACUCCUUCAACCGCGUCGGCCUCGACCACGUCGUCCUCGUCAAAGUCGCCUCCACCGCCGUCGUCUCCAAGCUCCUCGGCUUGAACCGCGACCAGACCGUCGACGCCGUCUCCCAAGCAUUCGUUGAUGGCCAGUCCCUCCGUACAUACCGUCAUGCGCCCAACACUGGCCCGAGGAAGGCAUGGGCUGCUGGCGAUGCCUGCUCGCGCGCCGUCAACCUGGCGUUGAUGGUGAAGAAGGGCGAAAAGGGUCUUCCCUCUGUCCUUACUGCUAAGACCUGGGGCUUCUAUGAUGUCCUCUUCAAGGGCAAGCAAUUCGAGUUCCAGAUCCCCUAUGGCUCCUACAUCAUGGAGAACGUCCUCUUCAAGAUCUCCUUCCCCGCCGAGUUCCACGCGCAAACCGCCGUCGAGGCCGCCCACAUAAUCCACAACAAGCUCAAGGAGCUCGGCAAGUCCUCCGACGAUAUCAAGAGCGUCCGCAUCCGUACCCAGGAGGCCGCCAUCCGUAUCAUCGACAAGCAGGGUCCGCUGGACAACUUUGCUGACCGAGACCACGCUAUCAAUUACAUGGUCGCUUAUCCGCUGAUCUUCGGCGAGCUCACAUCUGAGAGCUACACCGAUGCCUCCGCCGCCGACCCCCGCAUCGAUGCCCUCCGCGCCAAGAUCUACUGUGUCGAGGAGAAACGCUUCAGCACCGAGUACCACGACCCCGCCAAGCGCUCCAUCGGCAACGCACUCCUCGUCGAGCUCAACGACGGCACCGUCCUCGACGAGGUGGAGAUCGAGUACCCCGUCGGCCACAAGCGCCGCCGAACCGAAGGUACCCCGCUCCUCAUCAACAAGUUCAAGAGGCACAUCUCCUACCACUACGACGAGGCUUACCAGAAGAAGAUCCUCGACACCGUCUCGGACGCGGCUUCGCUCUCCAAGCUCCCCGUUGACAAGUUCACGGAUCUGUUCGUCAAGGCUUAG